CCGGCCGCGGUGUCCGGUCCAUUAGUGGUUAGCUUAGCGGCUAAACGUGGGGCUUGAAAACAGAGUUUAAUGCGGUUUUCCGCCGGUUUAACUGGGUCUAAAGUGGAUCAGGGUUCCGGUACCGACAGGACAGACGGAGUUCCUCACGCGUUGUGACACCGAGCUGGAGCUUUUUUCUCAGGAAUUCCCUAUAAAGACUGUUUUUCUUCUUACAAGCCCUUUCCAAUCCUUUAGUUAACCAUGACGACGACUGGCUUCCACAACCCGCCUCCACCGGCCAGUUCCUCUGCAAUGCCGAUUUGAGUUUGAGGCCGGGAGGACCUCCCGCGGGGGUGUUUUCCCCACCAUUCCUCCAUGUCCCUUCUGCACCAGAACUGUUGCGAGCGAGACCAAGACGCCCCAUCUCCCCAAGGGGUUCGCUAGAUGGAAUUGGCUGCGCUUCUGCAUUGGCGGUGCAGAAACAGGGCAAGAAGACAAAGUGAGAGAUCUCCCAGCUCUAAAAAACACACCAAAACUGGUCUGAGACCAGUUUGGGAUGUCACUUCCUACUGCAGAGCAAAGCAGAGCCCACUGUACCCUCCCCAUGGGAGAAAAACCACAUAGUUGUGACCAGUGUGGGAACACUUUCACCAAAGUAGGCGACCUUAUGAAACACAACUGCAUCCACAUCGGAGAGAAAAUGUACAGCUGUGACUUCUGUGGAAAAGCUUUCAGUACAGCAAGCGUCCUUACAACACACCAACGCAUUCACACUGGAGAGAAACCAUUCAGCUGUGACCAAUGUGGGAAGAACUUCACCCAAGCGAGCGACCUCAGGCGACACCAACGCAUCCACACUGGGGAAAAACCUUAUCUCUGUGACCAGUGUGGGAAAGCGUUUGCAACAGCAGGUGGACUCCAAAUACACCAUCGCAAUCACACUGGUGAGAAACCAUACAGUUGUGACAUCUGUGGAAAAGCCUUCACUAAGGUGAGUGUCCUAACGACACACCAACGCAUCCACACUGGAGAGAAACUGUACAACUGUGACUUCUGUGGAAAAGCUUUCACCACAGCAAGUGCCCUCACAACACAUCUACGUGUACACACUGGAGAGAAGCCAUACGCUUGUGAGCAGUGUGGGAAAGCUUUUUCAACAGCAGCUGGACUUCAGAAACACUGCCACAUCCACACUGGUGAAAAACCGUAUAGCUGUGACCAAUGUGAGAAGAAAUUCAAUCAAAUGAGCAACCUCAGACGACACCGACUUGUCCACACUGGAGAAAAACCAUUUACCUGUGACCAAUGUGGGAAGAACUUCUCUCAAGCUAGUGACCUCACGAAACACAAACGCAUCCACACUGGAGAGAAACUGUACAGCUGUACCUUCUGUGGAAAAGCUUUUUCUACAACAACUGUUCUCAGGACACACCAACGUAUCCACACUGGAGAGAAACCAUUCAGCUGUGAGCAAUGUGGGAAGAACUUCAUCCAAGCAAGUGACCUCACGAAACACAAACGUAUCCACACUGGAGAGAAACCUUAUUCCUGUGAUCAGUGUGGGAAGCCUUUUAAAACCGCCGGCGACCUCAUGAAACACCAACGCAUCCACAAUGGAGAGAAACCCUACACCUGUGACCAGUGUGGGAAGGCUUUUACAUCAGCAGGUGGACUCCAAAAACACCAACGCAUCCAUAACAGAGAGAAACCAUUCAGCUGUGACCAAUGUGGGAAGAACUUUACCCAAAGGAGCGAUCUCACAAAACACCAAUGUAUUCACAGUGGAGAGACACCCUACAGCUGCGACUUAUGCAGAAAAACCUUCAGCUCAGCAGGUGAUCUCAGAACACACCAAUGCAUCCACACUGGAGAGAAACCAUUCUCGUGUGACAAAUGUGGGAAGAAAUUCAACCGCAUGGGCGACCUCACGAGACACAAACGCGUCCACAUUGCAGAGAAACCAUUCAGCUGUGACCAGUGUGGAAAGAGCUUCAUCAAUAUGAAUGACCUCACAAAACAUCAACGCAUUCACGUUGGAAAGAAACCAUAUACCUGUGGCCAGUGUGGGAAGGCGUUUGGAACAGCAAAUGGAAUGCAACGACAUAACCGCAGGCACACUGGAGAGAAACUACAGACCUGUGACUUGUGUGGAAAAACGUUUACGACAGCAGGUACCCUCAGGGCACACCAACGCAUUCACACUGGAGAGAAACCAUUUGGCUGUGACCAAUGUGGGAAGAACUUCAUCAAUGCAAGCGACCUUAAGAAACACCAACGAAUCCACACUGGAGAGAAACUAUACACCUGUGACCAAUGUGGGAAGAAGUUCACGCAAGCAAUUGUCCUCAAGAACCACCAACGCAUCCACACUGGAGAGAAACCCUAUGCCUGUGAUCACUGUGGGAAGCUUUUUAAAACAGCAGGCGAAUUCCAAAAACACCGUCGCAUCCACACUGGUGAGAAACCUUACAGUUGUGACAAGUGUGGAAAAGCUUUCAGAUUCUCUUCCAGCCUAUACAAUCACCACCUCACACACACCAAGCGGAUCGUCAUCCCAUGUGAGGUGUGUGGGAAGAUAUUUUCAACACCCUCCGGUUUGCGCUAUCACCAGCGUACCCACACCAGGAAAAAUUCUACCAGUGCAGACCAUGUGACAGAUCCUUUGCAACCGCAACUCUGUGCGCCAAACAUGAGUAUUCUAAAUAUGUCCACAAAGGAGCCAGCAGAACACCUGGACCAGUUUGGGAUGUCGCUUCCUACUGCAGAGCAGAACAGAGCCCACUGUCGCCUCCCAGUGGGAAAAAAACCACACAGUUGUGACCAGUGUGGGACGGCCUUCAGCAAAGUAGGCGACCUCAUGAAACACCAACGCAUCCACAAUGGAGAGAAACCCUACACCUGUGACCAGUGUGGGAAGCCUUUUGCAACAGCACCUGGACUCCGAAUACAUUACCGCUUCCACACUGGAGAGAAAUUGUGCAGCUGUGACAUCUGUGGAAAAAUUUUCACUAAGGCAUGUGUCCUUGCAACUCAUCAGCGUAUGCACACCGGAGAGAAGUCUUUCCACUGUGACCAGUGUGGGAAGGCUUUUACAUCAGCAGGUGGACUCCGAAAACACCAACGCAUCCAUAACGGAGAGAAGCCCUUCAUCUGUGACCUCUGUGGAAAAACUUGCACUACGGCAAGCAUCCUCAAGAUACACGAACGCAUGCAUACUGGAGAGAGACCAUUCAGCUGUGACCAAUGUGGGAAGAACUUUAUCCAAAGGAGCGAUCUCACAAAACACCAACGUGUUCACAGUGGAGAGAAACCCUACAGCUGCGACUUCUGUAGAAAAACUUUCAGCUCAGCAGGUGAUCUCAGGACACACCAACGCAUCCACACUGGAGAGAAACCAUUCUGGUGUGACCAAUGUGGGAAGAAAUUUAACCUUGCAGGCAACCUCACGAGACACAAACGCAUCCACAUUGCAGAGAAACCAUUCAGCUGUGACCAGUGUGGAAAGAGCUUCAUCCAUGUGAAUGACCUCACAAAACAUCAACGCAUUCACGCUGGAAAGAAACCGUAUACCUGUGGCCAGUGUGGGAAGGCAUUUGGAACAGCAAAUGGAAUGCGAAGACACCACCGCAGGCACACUGGAGAGAAACUACAGACCUGUGACUUUUGUGGGAAAGCGUUUACAUCAGCAGAUGCCCUCAGGACACACCAACGUAUUCACACUGGAGAGAAACCAUUUGGCUGUAACCAAUGUGGGAAGAACUUCACCAAUGCAAGUGACCUUAGAAAACAUCAACGCAUCCACACUGGAGAGAAACUAUACACCUGUGACCAAUGUGGGAAGAAGUUCAUCCAAGCAAAUGUCCUCAAGAACCACCAACGCACCCAUACUGGAGAGAAACCCUAUGCCUGUAACCAGUGUGGGAAGGCUUUUACAAGACUCGCUGCAGUCCGAGAACACCACAGCAUCCACACUGGUGAGAAACCAUAUCACUGUGACAAGUGUGGAAAAGCAUUCAGAACCUCAUCGAACCUACGCCAUCACCGGCUCAAACACACCAGGGAGAUGGUGAUCCCAUGCGAGGUGUGUGGGAAAAUAUUCUUGACACCGCACACUUUCCGCUAUCACUGGCGUACCCAUUCCAAGGAAAAAAGUCUUCCAGUGCAGACUAUGUGACAGAUCCUUCCUGACUGCCACUCUACACGCCAAACAUGAAUGUUCUAAAUAAGCUCAUGCAGGAGUCAAAUAGAACCAUUGUGAAAUGGACGACCAUCCUCCAGAGUCGGGGUCUGCUCGAGCUUUCUGCCUAUUUGAAGGAACUUUGUCUUCACCACUGUAACCAGGUGUUUGCUCCUGGAGGAUUCUGUUGGUGUCUGUGAAUCGGCUUAAGAGUCUGGUUUAAAUCAGCUCUAAAUGUAAAGUGACACGAGAUCAUCUUUAUGUCUCUAUAUGAAUAAAAUUUGACUGAUGAUAAUCCACAGCUCCAAGAGUAUUUUUUUAUAUUUACAUACCUUCUUAAAUUAAUCUCUUGAAAUUACUUUCAAAGAACAUGACACCCAGGUGUCAUCUAUGUAUUUCAUAUACAGUAUAAUUCAGCCCAAAUGUAAAUAGAGCACAAAAUAAAUCUGCUGAGGUGAACAGAGACAAUGCAUCUUGAUCUAA